CUCUUUUUUUUUUUUGUUUUAAUUGUUUUUUAUUGUUUCUUUUUUUUUACUUGUUUUCCUUUCUUCUCUUCAUUGAAUACUAUUGUUAUUACUCAUCGACACAACUAGUAUUUUAGUUGUUGCUUUUGUAUACCAUGGCCAAAACUUUAUUCUCCAAACGACUUAGCAAAGAACUUCGGGAUCUCAAUACCAAUCCUCUUGAAGGUGUGUAUAUUGAUGAAGCAGACGACUUUACAAGGUGGCGAUUACGAAUAGUAGGUGCUCCAGGAACUAUAUAUGAAAACGAAGAAUUCAAGCUUGAGUUUCGAUUUACUCCAUCAUAUCCAUUAGAAUCCCCUGAAGUACUUUUUAUUCGCCCAUAUGUCCCAGUGUAUUCAAAUGGACAUAUCUGUUUGAAUAUUUUAUACAAGGAUUGGUCACCAGUACAAACAGUAGCUCAAGUAUGUCUAUCGAUCCAAUCUAUGCUAUCAAGUUGUACCAAGAAAGAACUCCCACCAGAUAAUGAUCUUUAUAUUAGAAGUGCGCAUGCAUCACCAAAGAAAACAGCUUGGGCAUUCCAGAUUCGAAUGAAUCAGUGGUAGAAUCAUAGAAUCAUAGAAAUCCAAUGAUAACAUUUACUUUUUUUUUUUUUUUUUUUUG